UUUAGCGUUAAUGCUAGAAAUGUUGUUUGACAUUUAUUUUUGCAAAAAUCCUAUGUUCAGAUGUUCCUAUGACCGCUACCGGCGCCAUAACUAAGAAAGCCGUGUAGUGUAAACAAUCUUUUUUGGCUGCUUUUUGUCUGCUUUUGUCUUUUUUGGCUGCUUAAAGAUAAAUCUUCAUUUGCGAUAAAAUAUUCAGCACGCAUAAAUCAAGUCGCUGCAACUAGUUGAUGCUCUACGCGUACAGUAAGUUUUUGGCUUCAGAUUCUAUCAGGCUACAAAAAAAUUUUGCCACCAGGACCGCAAUAUCUUGCGCAUAUGCGCGUGAUUACGGAUCAGUAAACGACAUAAUGUUUUCGGUCGUCGGUGACCCUGCUACUGCGAACCAGCGAGACGUCCAUGUUGAUAAACAAGCCGGAAGCGUCCCUUUUCGAGAAAUCUGCCGAGCGCUUUCUCUGUCAUCUUUGAACAUAGAUGAUGCGAAUGAACCGGAUCGUACUAGAACCGAUGAAAAAGCAGAUAAUUCAUUCGGUGGAGGAACGCCGUGCGAAAAUACCAUAGUCGUCCUGGAGAGUGCAGGCACUAGUGCCAGUUCAACGGCAGAACUCGAAUCCGUGAGACGUCGAUCGUCACAUUCAGAUAAUCCCAGCGCCGAACUGGAAUGGACCCUGAAGAGCACAGAAGAACUUGUCAUCUCCGCUGGUGAUCCCCUGACAUUCGCGGCUAUUAAAGCCAUUCUGUUGAGGAAGUGUAAUAUGAAAGCAUGGCGACGGCGUUUUCCCAUAACACUGUGGUUACCGAAGUACUCUUUGCGAGACUUCAGUGGUGAUAUCAUUGCUGGCGUGACCCUUGGGUUGUGCGUUGUGCCAAUGUCAUUGGCGUAUGCUGCCAUCGCCGAUGUUCCUUUAGAAUAUGGAUUAAAUGCGGCUUUCAUCGGGUGUUUUAUGUAUACCAUCUUCGGGACGGCGAAGGACGUAUCUCUUGGACCAACCAGUCUCCUAGCACUAGUGACAGGUGUUUCGAUGCCGGCUGGCAUUACGAUUUCGGAGCGAGCACGAUAUUCCAUUCUGUUCUGCUUUUUUGGAGGAUUAUUUCAGCUUAUUCUAGGCUUUCUUAAUCUCGGGUUCCUCAUAAAUUACAUUUCUGAUCCUGUCAUAAGCGGAUUUACUACGGCCUCAGCCUUCCUCGUAGUUUUUAGCCAAGUCAGAACUAUUACAGGAUUUCGGUCUGUGUCGUCGGAUAACCUUCUUGGAAUGUCGACAGAUUUCACUGUCAGCAAAAUCAACGGAUGGGAUGUCCUCGUCGGGGUGAUUUCAUUGAGCUGGUUGCUAUUGUGUAGUCAAGGUUCACGGCUUCCUCGCACUCCACAAUGGAAGAUUUCAUAUCGCACAUGGCAAAUUGUUCGUAAAGCAAUACGGAUAAUUGCCGAGACGCGUUACGUUCAAGUAAUUGUGAUAGCCACCGGCGUUAGUUAUCUUCUCAGUGUAAAUGGCCGCAACGUUCUCAGUGUAACCCGGGAAGUUCGCGGUGGCGUGCCCAUGCUGAAAAUGCCCGAAUUCGCUUGGGGGAAUCACACCGUCAUGGAGACGUUCUUAACCGCUUUGCCCGGCAUCCCGAUGAUCGUCCUAGUAGGCAGCCUGGAAUGCAUUGCGGUAGCCAGAGCACUGGCACUGCAUUUUCACUACCGAAUCGAUUCCACGCAGGAAUUCGUUGCACUGGGCGCGUCUAAUAUGUGCUGUGCAUUUUUUCAUGGAAUGCCGGUGUCGGGAAGUUUCGCUCGGUCAGCCUUCAAAGCGCAGUUGGGUGUUCGGACAACCAUGGGAAGCACUUGGACCGGCGUAUGUGUACUGUUUACCAUAACACUAUUUUCGCCGGCUCUAAAGUAUGUACCACGCGCAUCAUUAUCGGCUAUGCUCAUUGCCAGUAUUUUGGUUUUAUUUGACUUCAAAAUAUUCAAGGAUUUAUGGCUAUAUCGGAAAGCGGAACUAUUCCCGUUAAUAACCACCAUCAGUGUCUGCUGUUUUGUCAGCCUGGGAUUCGGUAUACUUUGUGGGGUAGCAGCGUCUUUUCUGGUUCUGUUUUAUCCCAUGGCUCGUCCACGCGUGUUAGCGCACGUGGUAAAAUCGCGAUAUGGCUGGCCCAUGACCUCGCGGGAAAAGCAGUACCUGAAUGUGGACAUCGCCAUUAAAAGUCCAGUUUUGUUUCCGGGUGCUGACACUCUCUGCGAUUUUAUUCAGAAUGAUGUCUUUAAAGUAAACCGGACCGAGCCAAAAAUGUUCCGACGAGGAAGACCACAGCGGACAGGUUCUUCGGAACAAUCUUCGUACAUUAACGAAGUGGUAAUAGACGGAGCCCACCUGAAAGAUUCUGAUUAUUCAACGUUGAAAGCAAUGCAGUUUGCCGUCACCGGUUGCUGCAAAGAGCCCAAUACCAUUGUUCGAUUCGUCAAUACACCCGCCAAAGAAUUAGCUUUCAUUUUCCCGAACGAACUCCGGGAAUUAUCAGAAUGGAGACAGAAAUAUGCACAUGUUCGUCGGGGUGCACUGGAAAGCGAUGCGAAAGACGCGGCGCCGGUUUAAAACGGUAGUGAACACGCUAUUGUGGUCCGUCACGGCGUCACCAAAGAACUGCAAAACGGAUAUACCUAUAAAGUAUUCAAAUUUAAAAGAGAGUACAUAACUGAAGGCAAAACAUCUAGAGUCGGUAUUACUUUUUGUGUUUGUGCGGUUAAUGGCUUGUUGUCAUAUAUUAUAAUAUGCUUGCAUUUUCUUAAUACGCAACCACGUACUUCUGUAUCAUAUAUAGCUUUGAGGUGAUAUGUAUUUGUAAAAAUUAAUAAUUUAAUGCUUAAAACAGACAGAAGUUGACUCAUUGACUUGAUAGAAGUCGAUGAUGAAA